CGUUCCAUAAAUAGGUUAUUUUGCGUGACAUAAUUUUAUGUGUGAUCAUUUCACAGAGUACAAUCAUAUUACUUCCUCGCUAUCUUCAACGAUAGAACUAUCACAAAAUGAGUGACGAAAGAAAGAAAGUGUCUCCAGAACAGCUGAGUAUGCUCAUAAUGGAGGUAGAGAAGGAUCCAUUGCUAUUAACUGGCAGAGGCAGGCAAAAAGGCGACAAGGCGGAGCACUUUGAAAAGUGGGAACAACUGGCGAAAAAACUAAACGCUAUCGACAAUGGGGCUGUUAAAGUUGUCUCGAAAUGGCAACAGGUAAUGCGAGAUUGGAAAUCUAACACAAAGAAAAAGGUUAUCAAGGCAGCUGUUGAAGGCAGCAAUGCUGAACUCUCUGAUUUGGAAUCCAGAGUACUACACCUCUAUAAGACCGAGUCUUCAGACAAUAAAUCACCUGGCAUUGACAUUAGCAAUAUUGCAGAAAUAGACCCUCUAUCGUCAGAGGAGGACAACUCUGAACACGACUUUGACACCAAGCCGUUUUCUCCGGACAUGUUUACUAUUUAUACCCAGAACUUGAAGACUGAGGACAGAAAGAGAUGUAGCAACAAUGAGGGAGAAGUUGCUAUCCAGAGGAAGAGAGUCCGAUUGUUCUCAAAUGAAAAUACCAGCCACCAAACGGAGCAACUUUCAAGAUUGCUAACAAAGGACUCAUCGAAAACACAAAUCAUGGAACUUCAUACGAAACUUAUGGAAGAAAUCAAAACCACAUUAAGUGAAGCUUUGAAUGAGUUUAGAAAGCAAAACGAAGCAAGAGAAAGGGAUGAUCCUGUAGAAGUAAUAAGAAAUGCCAUGGAGACGUAUACAGUGGCCAUAGAGAGACAGGCAAGCACUAUACAGAGACAGGUGGAGAGUAUGGAGAUGUUGUCUAAUGCUAUGAACAGGAUGGCUGAAAUUUUAGAUAGGAGAGUUGUAGGAGGGUAACUAUUGCGUUAUCUCGAAUAUUUUUAUAACCCGCAUUGUUGUUGUAUAAAUUCACUUUCAGAACAUUUGUUUUUAAAAUAAUGACGUUAUAUAAUUUUCAAUAAAAAGAUCGAACACAAACAUUCUUUCGACCUGACAGUACUUGCACCUGCGGCCACGCUAUACCGUAGCGUCGCUCCGCCAACUGAGCUGGAGGGCGAGUUAGUAGGUCGACGAAAUUCGACGUUGAUUUUUAUUUUUAUUGAAUAUCACGACUUUACUAUAGUCUAUCUUUUUUGAAGAUGGAAUAAAGUGCCAGUUUGUCCAAAAGUGUUGCCCGUUUACAAGCAGCUAGUGAUUGCAGUCGAUAAUCGAAUCGAAUGUUAGUUACGCUUAUGAAUAAAUUGUUGAACUUGUUUCAUCUGAAUCAUCAUUGGUACGUUAUUCGUCCAACUGUUGGGCACAGAUUAAUUUGAAUUGUCAAUAUUUGAAAACACGUACAUACAUACACUACACUUGGAACUAUGUCUAUUAAAAAUAGACUUGGGAGAUAUAUAAAAAAAAUG